UACGCUGUUCUCACUCAUUUGGCCAAACAUAGGUUGCACCUCCAAACACUUCAACAUUCUUACCAACUAUACAUUCGAAGAAUAUUAGUCUGCGUUGAUAUGUUUGUUUGAGGAUCUUUGUUUUAAAAUCACACUUUGAGCUUUCCGAGGAAGAUGGAGCCGAUGGAAUCCACUGCCCUGACUCCGACGCGACCGUCCAAGAACGGCAACACGGAUACUAACCUCAGUUAUGAUACAGAUAUACUAAUCUCGUACUUUCGCAAUGUAUGCCAGGUACUUUUAGGCGCAGCGACUAGUGAUCUAGAUAGGACAAUCUUCUCCGAUACAAGUAAUGCUGUCACGCAGCUUGCAACUUUUGCAGGGGACGUGAAUAUUGCGGUACUGUUUGUUGAGAAGAGUCGAGUUGAAGAUGAUAUCAGUGACCUCGAAUAUACGUACACUCUGAGUCCGAUGAUUUCUCCGACGAAGGACACCAUCUCGCUGAUUGCAGUGAUAAAACGGGCGUCCCAGCUUGACGUGUCAAUUUCUAUGGAGUCUCAGCUGCAGGUUGUCAAUCUGCCGAACGUUCUCUCCGAAGCGGCGUUGAAGCAGAAAGCGAACGACGAAAUGCAAAUCUCUGGUACCGCAGGAACGCCAUACGAUGUCCUUUACUCACUAGUACAUCUCGCUCUUGUGCCUUUCUUUGAUGCUUUUACGAGAGGUAAAGGGUCGAUUCUUGGUACCAAUGAGAAUGAAGCGAGAGCUGCGGACGCCAAAACUGGCAUUCCGGCGACCAAGAAAAGACUCACAGAACUUGAGCUGUCUUUACUUCAUCUGCAGCAGAAUAUCGAGAUUCCUCAGCUGACGCUCACUUUCCAUCCUGCGAUUCAACAAGUUCUGGACAAGGCUACCAAGCUAGAUACCACGCCUACUCUUGAUUUCUUUUCGCCAGAGCUGUUAAAUGAUGCCAAGUUUCUGAAUCAAGUGCAAGCAAACGUCAACUCUUGGAUUAAGUCAAUUCAGUCCAUUACCAAGUUGACACGCGACCCCUCUAUUGGAUCCGCAACCCAGGAGAUCAACUUUUGGAUCUCGCUGGAGUCAGUACUUGAGGAUAUUGAUCGCCAGUUACAGAUGGAUGGUGUGACGCUUACUAUGGAAGUUCUGAAGCAUGGAAAGCGGUUCAUUGUCACAACAAGUUUUCUAGCAGACACUGGGCUGAAGGAAUCUUUGGAACUGGUAAAGAAGUAUAAUCUGCUGAUGCACGAGUUUCCCAUUGACGAGCUUUUAUCUGCUUCAACUUUGCAGAAACUGAAAGAGGCGGUUGUUCACGUUUUCAACCAUCUGAACAGGCGGAUCAAGAUUUCACCGUACCCAAUCCAUAGAGCGCUGCAUUUAGUUGAAGCAAUUUCUGGAGAUUUGGAUGCCCGCUUCCACGCACUGUUAAGUGGUAGGAGACUUAUGCAUCUUGAAUAUCCAGACUUCCAGAAGAUCGUAUCAGUUGCUGAAGAUGUGUUUGCGGCAUGGGACUAUCAGAUCAAAGAGUUCACCAACGUUGCGCGAGAGGUCACGCGCAAGCGUCUUGAGAAAUUCAUUCCAAUUCGUAUCACAGCACGUCACAAUGCUACGCAGGAGCGACUUCAGUACCUAAAGUCGUUCCGUCAGGCCCACGAGAAGCUUCAGUCAACCGUGGCCACGGUUUUGGGUGGAUCCAAAGAGGGAUCCAGCGAGGAUACCGAUGACGUUGUGCAGGAUUUGGUUGAAGCGUAUUCCGCACUUCGGGACGUUGACGUCUUGGACGUCUCUCCGGAAGGAUCUGAUAUCUGGGCGUCGGCCGAAUCAGCAUACAAUGAGCGCACCUCACGAAUUGAAGACUCGAUCAUCAUCAAGCUACGAGACCAUCUUGCGAACGCAAAGACCGCAAACGAGAUGUUUAUUGUGUUUUCGCGCUUCAAUGCACUCUUCAUUCGCAAUAAAAUUCGUGCAGCAGUUCAGGAGUAUCAGACGCAGCUGAUUGACAGUGUCAAAUCCGACAUUGAAGCCCUUCAUGACAGGUUUAUUGCGCAGUACCCAAAUUCCGGAAAUUAUCAGAUGGCAAAGCUUCGUGAUAUCCCUCCUGUCGCAGGAGCAAUUAUCUGGGUUCGCCAGAUUGAGCGACAGCUGAACCUUUAUAUGAAACGAGUGGAGGAUGUUUUGGGUAGCGGCUGGGGCCUCUAUGCGGAAGGUGAAAAACUGCAGAACGAGAGCAACACAUUCAGGAAGAAGCUGGAUGCGAAAGGAAUAUUUGAUGCGUGGCUGCGCGAUGUCACGGAGCGCCAUAUUGCAGUCAAAGGAAGACUAUUUAGCAUCACAAGAUCUCGAUCAACUGGUACUACGCGCCUAGAGAUCACCACAAAUUUUGAUCCGCAGAUCAUCGCUCUUUUCAAAGAAGUGCGCAAUCUGACAUACCUGAAGUUCCAAAUUCCUCAUGCGAUCAACAGUGUAUCGAAAGAUGCGAAAAGAGUAUAUCCUCAUGCCAUGAGUAUGACCAACUCAUUGCGCAUAUUUUCAGAUGUGACACUGAUUAUCGAAGAGCUUGGCGCCGCGUCUGCGCUGAUGAAUGAGUAUCAAAACGCCGUCCAAAGCCUUAUUCUCACAGGCAAGAAACUGGAUUGGCAAUUGUUUGCUCACGCUUACGACGUUGGCGUGGUACCGUCAUAUGUUGCUGGUGAUGACUCUACGUCGGUGGUACACGAGAGUCCUCAAAUUCAGUUUGCUAGAAAUCUCACCAACUCAAUAUCAGUUCUUGAGCGAAAGGCGUUUCUUCUUUCUGCGGCUGUGAAUUCGAUCGGAGAGAACCUGCAGGCUCUUCGUGACUGCGCAUACUCGGCGACUGACUUUACUGCUUUGAUUGAAAACAUUCAGAGUGCUAUCGACAAGCUCAAUCUCGAGAGUUUCGCCAAUUUGACAUUUUGGGUCGAUCAGCUCAACACAGAGAUUUACUCCAUCCUUCUUGCUCGGCUUCGGGAGGCUAUCUCUCAAUGGAUCGCCCACUUUCAUGGGGACCACAAAAGUACUGAGUCUGAUCGUGUGAUUACAAUUGAGAUAGUCAUCAAAGACCAAGCGAUUGCUUUACAGCCACCCCUCGAACAUGCCAGGGCGAUAUGGUUUGGUGAUUUCCAAGCAUGCCUCGUUACACUAUGUCAGUUGAAGAGGAUUGACUCGGCCCGCUAUGAACUCACGUUGGACCAGAAUAUGACAUUCGGGAAGCCAGAAACCGAGCCUCUCACGUUUAGCGAUCUGCCUACAUUAGCAGCUGCGGAUAUUGAACCGGUCUAUAACGCGAUUGAAGAAAAGCUGGCUGAUGUUAGCACCUAUACGGCGAAAUGGUACCAAUUUCAGUCUCUGUGGAACCUACAGCCGGAGAGUGUCUUUAGAAUGCUAGGCGACGACUUGACUAAGUGGAUUGAUGUUCUUCAAGAUAUCAGGAAAGUCCGGUCAACCUUCGACACAGCCGUUUCAUCCUACGAUUUUGGCAAUAUAAUUGUCGACUAUGAACAAGUUCAGUCGAGAAUUAAUGCUAAAUAUGAUGGCUGGCAGCACGAUAUUCUGAUGAGAUUUGCGGAGAUACUGCAAAGCGAUAUUGAAAGGACUCAUAAGGAUCUUGAUGACACGCGCAGGGAGCUUGAAAUUCAAACACUGGACAUGUUAUCAACGAAGAGAGCCAUCGCGUUUGUGACUAUUGUGCAGCGCGCUAAGGCGAAGAGUGGGGAAUGGGCGGAGAGCCACAAGAAAUACCGGAUGGGUCAGAUGGCUCUUCAAAAGAACAGAUUCAGAUUCCCUUUUGACUGGAUCUUUGUCGAGCAAAUCAGCGGAGAGAUGGCCGCUGUCAGCGAGAUUUUAUCGGUGAAGGACAGGACAGUGAUGGAGAACAUCGAUUCUCUACGGUCGAAGGUGACGUCUGAGCAUAAACUCCUGAAUGAUCAAGUGGCACGCACUGUGUCUGAGUGGAAUUCAGAGAAGCCCGUUGCUGGAAAUAUUUCUCCUGAUGUGGCCUUUGCGAGCUUAGAGAAAUUUGACCGGCGGAUCACUGCACUGAAAGCUGAGCAAGACUUGAUAUUGCGCGCCAAUGAUGCUCUUGAACUCGAUCUUCGCGCUCUCGACACCAUAGAGUCGUCGCUUCAAGAAGUACAGGACUUCAAAACUGUCUGGUCCGCGUUGAGCUCCGUAUGGGCGUCCUUGAAUGAAUUGCGCGAUACCCCUUGGCUGAGUGUUGUCGGUCGACGAGUGAAAACGACUAUUGAGGAACUAAUCGCUACCACGAAGGAAAUGCCCAGUCGCAUGCGCCAGUACGCUUCGUUUGAGUAUGUCCAGGGUGUUUUGCGGCAGUAUCUCAAGGGCAGUUCAAUUUUGAUCGAUUUGAAAUCGGAGGUCAUGAAAGUACGGCACUGGGAGCAUCUUUACCGCACUUUGGCACCCAAAGAGACUUUGGCCCUCGGAUCGUUGACUCUAGGAGAUGUUUGGGAUUUGAAUUUGACGAAAAAUGAAAAUCUCAUUCGUGAUAUACUCACUCAAGCAAGGGGUGAAGCCGCUCUUGAGGACUUUUUAAAACAGAUUCGCGACGUUUGGUCAAGCUACGAUCUAGAUUUAGCCAAUUAUCAGGACAAGUGCCGGCUGAUUCGUGGCUGGGAUGCGCUUUUUGACCAAUGCACCGAUCAUAUGAACUCACUUGCUGCUAUGCAUCAUUCGCCAUAUUUCAAGCAGUUUGAAGAAGAGGCGCUGGCAUGGGAAGAAAAGCUGAGUCGCAUCAACCUUCUGUUUGAUAGCUGGAUCGAGGUUCAGCGCAAAUGGGUUUAUCUUGAAGGUGUCUUCAGUGACAAUGCCGAGAUCAAGAAUUUGCUUCCUGUCGAGUCAUCCAGAUUUCAAAAUGUCAACUCGGAGUUCUUUGCCUUGAUGCGGAAAGUGUCGAAGAACCCAAACGUUCUUCACGUGCUGAAUAUCCCUGGAACUUCGACCUCAUUAAGCCGUCUCGCUGAUAUGCUGACUCGCGUACAGAAGGCCCUUGGGGAGUACCUUGAGCGCGAGCGGAUGCUUUUUCCGCGUUACUACUUUGUCGGUGAUGAAGAUUUAUUGGAAAUUAUCGGUAACUCGAAGGACACAGUCCGUAUCCAGAAGCAUUUCAAGAAGAUGUUUGCGGGUAUCUCGGACUUGGUCGUCGAUAGCCAGAAUUCCACGAUCUCUGGCUUUUCAUCUAAAGAGGGUGAGACUGUCAUGCUGAAAGAGCCGAUAUCUCUGAUUAAAAAUCCCAAGGUCAAUGAGUGGUUACGCUCACUGGAGGAAGCAAUGCGCGAGACACUGGCAACUUUGCUUGUAGAUGCAAUCGAAGAUUUUCGAGCCGUGUUCAGGCUAAGUACACUAACUGCUGAGCAGUUCACUUCUUGGGUGCAGAGAUAUCCUGCUCAGGUUGUCAUUCUUGCUUCACAAAUUGUAUGGACUUCAGAGGUGGAUAAUUGCUUGUUGUCUGGAGGAGGCUUAUCUGAGAUUGGCGAUCACGAAAAUCUUUUGCUGGAGUUGCUGGCAGGCAUCGUACUGCAAGAACUGGACCGCAUUGACCGGAAAAAGUGUGAGGGUCUUAUCACUGAACUCGUCCAUCAGCGCAACGUUGUUGAGAAGUUGGUUUCCGAGGGCGCAAAGUCUAAGAGUGACUAUGCUUGGCUUGCAACCAUGACAUUCAGAUACUCUGAGGAGCAAGAGGAUGUGAAGAAACGGGUGACUGUUCAUAUGGGCUCUGCACAGUUUGAAUAUGGCUUUGAAUAUCUCGGCGUAGGAGAUAGGCUUGUUCAGACACCUCUUACAGAUAAGUGCUUUUUGGCUUUAAUGGGAGCCCUGGAGCAGAAUUUUGGUGGCUCGCCUUUUGGACCAGCAGGUACUGGUAAGACGGAAACCGUGAAGGCACUCGGCUCACAACUUGGUCGAUUCGUGCUUGUUUUCAAUUGCGACGACACUUUCAAUUUUGAGGCUAUGGGACGAAUUUUCCUCGGCAUCUGCCAAGUUGGUGCCUGGGGAUGUUUCGAUGAGUUUAAUAGAUUGGAGGAAAGGAUUCUUAGUGCUAUAUCGUCACAGAUACAAGCUAUCCAGCUAGGACUGCAGAAGGCGAAGUCCAGCCAGCAAGAUACAGUUGAGAUAUUGGGGAAAGAAUUCGUGAUCAAUCAAGACACAGGUAUCUUCAUCACUAUGAAUCCGGGAUAUUCUGGGCGCUCCAACCUGCCUGACAACCUCAAGAAGCUGUUCCGCAGUGUCUCAAUGUCUCGACCAGACAAAGAGCUUAUCACCGAGGUUGUUUUGUACACUCAAGGCUUUGUGGAAGCGAAGGAUCUUGCUGUUAAGAUUGUACCGUUUUUCAAUCUUCUUGCAAAGCGUCUCACGAAGCAACCUCAUUAUGAUUUUGGGCUGCGAGCGCUGAAGAGCGUUCUUGCCUCCUCUGGUGAGCUGAAGCGACGCCAGGCUCUUCUUGAUGGAGAGACAGAUAGCACUACGGAGAGUGAGGUCAUUAUACAGAGCAUACAUGAGACCAUUGCUCCCAAGUUAUUGGAGGACGACGCGCUUGAACUGACAAGGAUCGAGCAAGAAGUAUUCCCAGGAGUUGAAUAUAAACCGGAGGUGCUGCAAGAGAUUCAGGAGCAGAUUGUGAAGCUAGCAGUUGAGGAUGGUCUUGUCGUGAGCGACGCGUGGCUGGUUAAAGCUUUGCAGCUGUACCAGAUCCAAAAUAUCCAUCAUGGGAUUAUGCUUGUUGGAAACUCUGGCUCUGGAAAAUCUGCUAUAUGGAAAACUCUCCUACGUGCGAUGCAGGCUACUACUGGCAUGGACAGCGCCUUCUACAUCAUUGAUGCGAAGGUGAUGUCGAAGGAAAAGCUGUACGGUAGUCUCGAUAGUACCACCCGGGAAUGGACAGAUGGACUGUUUACUAGCAUUUUGCGGAAGAUAAACGACAAUUUAAGGGGUGAGAGCACGAAGAGACAUUGGAUUGUUUUUGAUGGGGACGUCGAUCCAGAAUGGGUAGAGAACUUGAACAGUGUACUUGACGACAAUCGGAUUCUUACUCUGCCUAAUGGUGAACGACUUGCAUUACUGCCGAACAUCAGAAUCCUGUUUGAGGUGGAGAAUCUGCGGCACGCCACUCUUGCAACGGUCAGCCGAUGUGGUAUGGUAUGGCUGGGAGCUGAUACAGUGUCCACAAGUAUGAUGGCAAGAGCUUACAUCCACCGACUUCGAAAGCUCUCACCCGAUGAUUCAGACAGUGUUGACUUCACUUCCCUUGCUGAUAAUGAUAAGCUGCUAAAUCAGAUUGUUAAUUACGUCGAGUUGCUUCUCGUCAAUCGAGGAUCAUGGCUCAACGACAGUCUAGCCGAAGUUUUUAAGUACAGCCAUAUCAUGGAGUUCAGUACCACCAGGGCGCUCCAAACGCUUCUUUCUCUGACUACUGCGGCUGUGUAUCAGAUAGUGGAGUACGAUUCGAGGCACCCUGAUUUCCCUCUUGGUGACAAUCAGCGAGAGACGUACUUACUGCAGAAGUUGCUAUUGAAUACCAUUUGGAGUUUUGCUGGUGACUGUCCUCUGCAGGAGCGUGAGCAGUAUGGAGUGUUUGUUACUCAGCUUGACAUCUUUACCAGUCUGGAACUGCCUGCUGGUGGAUCUAUCAUAGACUACGACACAUCGUUACCGCUGGCUAACUGGGUACCAUGGCUGUCGUCGGUUCCCCAGAUGGAUCUUGAUCCACAUAUGGUUACUGAGACUGAUAUUGUUAUUCCCACUAUCGAUACUCUGCGUCAUGAAUCCCUACUACAUGCUUGCCUCCAGCAGCAACGUCCAAUGAUUCUCUGUGGACCGCCAGGCUCUGGAAAGACGAUGAGCUUAUUCAAUACUCUGCGAACGUUUGCUAAUGUGGACACGGCUGCGCUCAACUUUUCCAGCUCCACAACUCCUGAGCUGAUCAUCAAGACACUGGAGCAAUAUUGUGAAUACAAGAAGCUUCCGAGCGGAUUUAUCCUCGCUCCCACGCAGAUUGGGCGACGGCUUGUUGUGUUUUGUGACGAGAUCAAUCUUCCUGCGCCUGAUACCUAUGGAACGCAGCGGACAAUAUCAUUUAUGCGUCAGCUCUUUGAGCAGAAUGGUUUUUGGAGAACGUCUGACAGAUCUUGGAUUUCACUCGAAAGGGUUCAGUUCGUGGGAGCUUGCAACCCCCCGACAGACGCUGGCCGGACUCCGCUGGGUUACCGAUUUUUGAAUCAUACAUCGUUGGUAAUGAUCGACUAUCCGGGUGAGGUUUCUCUCAACCAGAUAUACGGAACCUUCAUUGCUGCUGUCUUGAAGAGUAUGCCUCCUCUUCGUGGAUAUGGCACUACUUUGACAUCUGCUAUGGUGGAUCUGUACACAAAAGCUCAGAGUCGCUUCACUGCACGAGAGCAGAGCCACUAUGUUUACAGUCCUCGCGAACUCACCCGAUGGAUGAAAGGAAUACACGAAGCUGUCCAGCAACUGGAUGGCCUCAAUCUUGAGGGAUUAGUGCGCAUAUGGGCGCAUGAGGCAAUUCGAUUGUUUUGCGAUCGUCUUGUGACGGAACAAGAGCGGCUUUGGAUGGACGAUGCGAUAGCAGAGGUGGCGGAGACACACUUUUUGAAUAUCGACCGGCACGCUGCUCUAGGCGGGCCAAUUCUUUUCUCUAACUGGCUAUCCAACAAGUAUGAGCCCGUGUCCUUGAAUGAUCUGCGAGAGUAUACGAAUGCUCGAUUGCAGACAUUCUGCGAAGAGGAACUGGACGUUCCCUUGGUGCUUUAUGACGAUGCUCUUGAUCAUAUCCUUCGGAUUGACAGAGUUUUCAGACAGCCCCAAGGUCACUUGAUUUUGAUUGGAUUAAGUGGAAGUGGCAAGAAUACUCUGACUCGUUUUGUUGCGUGGAUGAACGGCCUCCGCGUUUUUCAAAUCAAUGCGCACAAAAAAUAUAAUGCCGAUGACUUUGACGAGGAUCUAAGGACGGUUCUGCGAAACAGUGGAUGUAAAGGACAGAAGAUUUGCUUCAUACUUGAUGAAUCUAAUGUCCUCCAAACUGCGUUCCUUGAGCGUAUGAAUACCCUUUUGGCCAACGCCGAGAUUCCUGGACUAUUUGAGGGUGACGAGUAUACGAAUCUGUUGUCUGCAUGCCGCGAAGGGUCAAGGCAGCAAGGCUUGAUGCUUAGCUCUCCUGAAGAGCUCUAUAGUUGGUUCCGCGGCCAGAUUAUUCGGAACCUGCAUGUCGUGUUCACCAUGAACCCACCCAAGGAAGGACUUUCUUCACAUACUGCGUCUUCCCCUGCGCUAUUCAACAGAUGUGUUUUGAAUUGGAUGGGUGACUGGUCUGAUUCAGCUCUCUAUCAAGUGUCGUCUGAGCUUGUACAGAAUCUAGAUAUUGAUCGACAGGACUACUCGGCACCGAACGAUCUGCAAGUUGCUUACCGCGGGCUUCCGAUGCCUCCCACUUACAAGCAGGCAAUUCUCAACGCUAUGAUUCAGUUCCACAUGACGGUCAAGUCUCAUAACGACAGGAUAUUUGUGCAGCAGCGUAAAGUCAACUAUGCUACGCCUCGUCAAUUCCUUGAGUUUGUUACUCAGUUUGGUCGAAUCAUUAACGAGAAGCGCGAAGAGGUCGAAGAGCAGCAGCGUCAUCUGAAUGUUGGUCUAGAGAAACUGCAGGAUACUGUUGAAAAAGUCCGACAUCUUCGGACCGGUCUGGCCGAGAAACGUGAGCAGCUUCAAAUUAAAAGCACACAGGCCAACGACAAGCUUCAGCAGAUGGUGUCUGAUCAGAAGGAAGCCGAGCUGAGGCAAGCCGAAUCUUUGAAAAUCCAGAUUGAGCUGGAAACCCAAGAGAAGGAAGUGGCGUCUCGCCAGGCUAUUGUACUCGAGGACCUUGCUCAAGCUGAACCGAUGGUUGUUGAGGCUCAGCAGAGUGUCAGCAAUAUCAAGAAACAGCAUUUGACUGAAGUGCGAUCAAUGGCCAACCCUCCCGAGGCAGUGAAGAUGGCGAUGGAGGCUGUUUGCAUUCUGCUUGGUCACAAAGUUGACAAUUGGCGAUCGGUUCAAUCAAUCAUUCGCCGGGACGACUUCAUUUCAAGUAUCAUAAACUACGAUACUGACCGUCAAAUGACUAAAUCUUUGCGCAACAAGAUUCAGGCUGAGUAUUUGAGUCGUCCGAAUUUCAACUUUGAGACGGUCAACCGUGCUAGUAAAGCUUGUGGACCGUUGACUGUAUGGCUUGAGGCGCAAGUGAAUUAUUCAUUCAUUCUGGAGAGAAUAGGACCUUUGCGUGAAGAAGUUGCUGAGCUUACAGUUAGCGCGGAGAAGACGAAGGAGCAACUUGCGGAGAUGGCUACUGUUGUCCAGGAGCUGGAGACGAGUAUUGAAAAAUACAAGGAAGAGUAUGCGGUGUUGAUCAGUGAAGUGCAGGAAAUCAAGAGUGAGAUGACAAAAGUUGAAAAUAAGGUGAAUCGAAGCAUAAAGCUGCUGAGCAGUCUGGCGUCUGAGAGAGAACGUUGGAGGAUGGAGAGUUUGUCGUUUGAGGAACAGACCAAAACACUUUCGGGCGACGCGCUGUUGGCGGCUGCGCUGAUUGUUUACGGCGGUUUCUUUGAUCAGAAAUACCGCCAGCAAAUGCAGCAAGAUUGGCAGUUGUUCCUGAGACAUUCAGAUAUUCUGUUGAAGGAUUUUAAUCCGGUUGUGGAUUAUAUGUGUCCAAUGACAAAAAAGAAUGACUGGCACAACAAUUCGCUACCCGGUGGUGAGCUAUACGAAGAGAAUGCAUUGAUGAUUGAGCGGUCGAGCAGAUAUCCGCUGAUAAUUGAUCCGACAGGCCGCGUCGUUGAUUUCCUUCGCAGCCAGAAUCCAGGAUUAGUUGUCGCAAGCUUCUUGGACGAUGCAUUUGUCAAACAACUGGAGAGUGCACUGAGGUUUGGAAAUGCUCUCCUCGUUAAUGACGCUGAGCAUUUUGAUCCGAUUUUGAACCAGGUGCUGAAGAAGGAGUAUCAGCGAGUGGGAGGUCGGAUCCUGAUCCAGCUAGGCCGGCAAGAGAUUGACUUUUCGCCAAAUUUCAAUCUGUUUUUGUGCUCGCGCGACUCAUCGGCAGUGUUUUCGCCAGACAUAUGCAGCCGAACAACGCUCGUCAACUUCACAGUCACGAGGAGCAAUCUGCAAGCGCAGUCUUUGAACGACUCGUUGAAGGUGCUGAGGCCGGAGGUCGAUCGCAGACAGAACAACUUGGUCAAACUUCGUCGCGACUUUAAAGUGCACUUGCGUCAGCUGGAGCAGAGUUUGCUGAAGGCGCUGAACGAGUCAAAGGGAAAUAUUCUGGAUGACGAUAAUGUUAUCAACACGCUGGAGAAUCUCAAGGUGCAGUCCGCAGACAUUGCUGAGAAGAUGACGGAGACCGAAGGAGUUAUGACGAAGAUCGCAGAGAUUGCCGAGCAGUAUCAACCGAUUGCAGCAGCAAGCAGUACGAUUUACGCUAUUCAAGAGCUGCUUCAGAAUCUCAACCAGUACUAUCAGUUCUCCUUGCAGUUCUUCCAGAACGGUUUUUACCACGUCCUCAGCGCUGUGGAAAACAUCAAGGAUGUGCCUGAUUUGGCAGCGACUUUGAAGCAGAUCGUUGUCGAUCUGUACAGGGAAUCUUUCAAGAGGACUUCCCAGGGACUGCUGCACAAAGAUACUUUGACGCUGGCGGUGUUUUUUGCCUACGCCAACGCAAACAGCUGUGAUAUUUCGUUUAUUGAAUCUCUGUUCAAUAAAGAAGAGCAGCUUGUCGACUUGGCAGCGGAAAGCUAUGAGAUACCGCAGCUACUGGAGCAUAUAAGCGGAUCUCGAGUAUUCGAGCAGUAUGCAAUCGCUGAUCAAGACUCUCUGAUGAGUUUCCUGAACAAGAGUCCUGCGGAUGAGGAAAAUGAUAUCGAUGAGGACCUUUGCAGAAUCCUGUUGAUGAAGCUCGUCAGAUCCGAAAAGUACACGCAGACAGCAGCCGCAUUCGUCUCGAGAUUCCUCGGCCCCGACUUUUUAUCUGCUACGGCUGAUAAUCUGUCUACGAUCGUGUCCCGAGAAGCGUCGAGUGAUACCCCAGUCAUUCUGUGCUCUCGUCCUGGGUAUGACGCCAGCCACAGAAUAGAUAGUCUGGUGCGCUCUAGCAGUAACAGAUGCGUCUCAAUUGCGAUGGGAUCAGAUGAAAGUAUAGCUUCAGCUGAGCGAGCGAUCGCCGAAGCAGCCCAACGAGGCUCGUGGGUUCUUCUCAAGAACGUACACCUUGCGCCAGAAUGGGUGAGCUUGCUUGAGAAGAGAAUCGGACUCCUUCGGCUUGAGUCUUCGUUCAGGUUGUUUCUGACGAUGGAGAUGACGACGAGCAAAGCCCCUGUAAGCUUGCUUCGCGCGUCCUACAUUAUCAUGUGUGAGCCUCCACCAGGUUUACGUGCGAGCAUGAAUGACACGUUUGGCGGUAUCCCUAAAACAGAACUUUUAAAGCCACCUGUUGAGCGUGUGCGGGUAUACUUCCUGCUGGCGUGGUUCCAUGGCGUUGUACAGGAGCGACUGCGAUACGGUAUUGUCGGAUGGAAGAAAGCUUACGAGUUCAGCGAUGCCGACUUUGAGUUUGCUCGAUUGGUGGUCGACAGAUGGGUCUCUGCCGCAGCAGGCGACGAGAGCCGAUCGAACGUCGCGCCAGAGAAGAUUCCGUGGACGACGAUCCUGCGGAUCUUAGUCGAUACCGUGUACGGCGGCAAAGUCGACGACGAAGAUGAUCUGUGCAGUCUUGAGAAACUUGCGAGCGAAGUAUUCACCGCGCAAGCAUUCGAGAUCGACUUUGAUAUCACAGCAGGUCGGGCGGCGACUGCGCUGCGGUUGCCGGAGGGAGGAGGAGUAGAUGGGUUUGUCAAGUGGGUGGAUGAGUUGCCGGAGAAUGAACCGCCGACAUGGCUGGGACUGGGGGAAGAUGUUGCUAGUGUAGUGUAGAUAUUAUGUGCGGAGUGAACCUAGGCGUUCUAACAACUUUUUUUUACUGUUUUCAUAUCGAUGAAUGGUGUGCAUGUCAUGAACAAAAUAUAGCUUCUAAUUUACAUAUCAAUCAAUUCCAAUCCCAUUAUAAAAUCCGGAAAACGGCUCUGGUUGUCGGCUUUAGAGCGCCCUUUAAGGUUCCCCUCUCCCAAGCUUCAGAGCAUCAA